AUGGAGUUUUCACGAUAUACGCUCCGCUUGCAAUUGAAGCGAGCUGUUUAUUGCACCCUAUUGGCCGCCUUUCUCGUGUGGUUGUACCUGUACAAGUUAUCGAAAUACGAAGCUGUGUCUGGCCAUUUCCUUGGUCUCGGUGGCUGCAAGAACCCAGACUACGAUGGGACAAUAGGCGCUCCUCUCUCGUCCUUCCCCUCCGCAGGAAAUAACACACAACGGAAGCCAUACGCUUCCGACACCUUCCAAGACUACAGCUUCCGCAAUCACACCUCCUGCCAGAUCAGUUCGCUUGACCUUCACAUGCCUUGCUUGCCACUAUGCGAUAGCCGCGAUGACUUCUUGCGUGCCUUCUCCGGAGGCGGCAGAGCCGGCUUCGAUCGCGCCUACAUCCCGCUGGGCUGCGACAUGCGCUGGUUCACGACCGAAGAAGUUUGCGAGAUCUUCUCUCGCUUCGAAAAAGUCAUCGUCAUAGGCGACAGCAUGAUGAGACACGUCGUGGGCGCUCUGAAUGUUCUCUUACGCAAAGACCUCGGCUACGGCGCCGUCACGAACUGGAACUUUAACGAUCAGGAACUGAGAGACUGCUUCUGCAACCAUCAAAUGGACGUGAAAUCCUGCUCUGUCCAAGGCAUCUUCUCUACCUCCUCCGUCCUGGAACACGAUCCGUCAAGCCUGGCCUGUCCAUCUUCCCAAUCGGUCGAUCUCGUCAUCGAAAUGAUGCUAAGGUUCCCUCUCGAUUCAGAAGAAGUCGCUCGCUUCAAGAACCUACUGUCUCCGACAAAACCACACAAACCCUACGCAUUCAUCUUCGGCCACGGUCUGUGGAAUGAUCUCGACCUCAAGGCGAGUAUGAACUGGCUGGACGACAUCCUCGCAGAAACACUCAAACGAGCACCCUACCUUACGAGCGUGAACAAACGACACAAAUACUCCGUCUGGCCACGACUGUUCAUCACACCCAACGCCGCGGGCAUUUUGAAACCCGACCAAUGGCUGGUCAGCCAGGGCAACAAAGCAUUGAUGGUAUUCGAAGAGAGUGUGCGGAUCGAAGCGGAGAGAAGAGGCGUCGAAGCCCUCGGCACAUGGAACAUGAGUAUUCAGGCGAGUAAAUAUGAUGGGGUGCAUUUGGAUCUCAAGGGGAAUCUGAUCAAGGCGAUGGGCUUGUUGAAUUGGCUGAAUUUGGUGGAUGUUGAUGCUUGGUGA